CUGAUCAGGCGACUUGUGCUAAGUUUUAUCGUUUACCACAUGUUGAUUAAUUAAAUAGAAAUAUAAUAUCGUGGCCAAAAUCAUUAUUUGGAGCUACCGUCGUUCGUUUCCUAGCUCCGUCAACGCGAAAUUCCAUUAAUGUGAUUUCCUGCGUAAAGAGAACGGAGUUACGUCACGCACCAGCAAGAUAUCGUGUGUCGAGCAGACCGUGUUCCCCUGUACGUCUCCUCGAGAAUACAGUGUUCCUGCUUUCUUUGCUUACACUUUUGUGUCUGUCAAAACUCGAAAGUCACGCACGCGCUAGACUUUUGCAAACGAGUGUUUAGAUAACUGUAGAAUUGGCGCAUAACCUAUAAACGAUCGUGACUCGGAAAGCGAUUGUGAAUGUUGAUAGUUGUUACAGCCAAUACGGCCUCCUGUCAUUCAUUUUGGGGUCGAAAAAGGUUUGAAAUUAAAGUCUUAAAUAUCUAACGAGGAGCUCGUGGCUGGACAGUAUUCUCAGUAUUCCCCUACGCAGGGAUAUUCGAUCGAAAAUAUUUUUUAACGUUGAGUAGUCACCGGGAAAUUAGUCAAAAUUCCGGUCCCCACUAGGAAACGAGAAGGUCCGCAACAAACCGGCGGCAGAGAUCCAUCAACCACUGGCGAAGAAUCCUCGUCGAGUGGCAAAAUGAAUAGCAAAAGAAAGAAUCGUUCAAAUACCAAUAGAUCACCUCGUGCUCGUGGUCCACAGGAAAGAUGUGUUGCUGCUGAAGGUGUAUAUAAUAAUGCUCAUUUCAUGCAUGCAAUAACCAGUCAUGUUGGCAACAUUGUACAGAUUCAGACAUUGAAUGGUUCAAUAUAUGAAGGUAUUUUUCGCACCUUCUCGAGUCAAUUUGAUGUUGUCUUAGAAAUGGCACAUCGUGUAGAAGGUUCAGGGAAAAUAAGUGUGGAAAAUGUAGUAGAGAAAUUAAUUUUUAAACCACAAGAUAUUAUUACUAUGUCUGCCAAGGAUGUUGAUUUAGAUUAUGCUAUACGUGAUACGUUCAGAACAGACACUGUUAUUAGUAAAUAUAAUGGUCUAAUUGGUGAAAAAGAAUUGGAACCUUGGGAUGCUCCUCCUGCCACUAUGAAUGGAGAUGACUUAGAAUUAGAUGGAACCACUAAUGGGUGGGAUGCUAAUGACAUGUUUCGUAAAAAUGAACAAAAAUAUGGAGUUCAAACAACAUAUGAGCCAACUUUGGCUGCUUACACAUUACCGCUACAAAGGAAAGAUACAAAAGAUUACAAAGAGCAAGAACAAAAAGCUGCGGAAAUAGCAAAUGAAAUAGAGUCACAACCAAAUCAUAAGGCGAGAUUAGAACUCGAAAAUGGUGAUGAAGAGGAAAGAUUUGCAGCUGUGGUAAGACCCAAUGAAGGUAAAUAUAUUCCACCUCCACUGAAGAAGAAAAAUGGAAGUACUGGAAAACUGAUGAGAUCUAGUGAACCUCCACCUUCACCAGGACCCGCAGCCACGAAUAAAAAUGUUUUCAAUCAGCAGCCUCCAUCCAGUGUAAAUGUAAACAUUCCUCCAUCUUCAAAUAUUCCUAUUGGAAUGCAAAGCGCUCACCCCUCGGUGCAACAUUCGGUAUCUUUAAAUAUGGGAAUGCCACCCAGUGGAGUGGUCGUUACAUACAACAAUCCUCCACCACCAUUUGCGCCUCCACCAGCAACACAACCACCACCACCAGUACCUGUGAUGCAGCAAACACAAUCACAAUCUCAAGCUGCUCCUUCUGUACCGCAAGUCGGAUUCCCGCAACAACAGCAACAAGCGCAAUCAUCUAAAAUAAACACAGAAAAACGCGAACGCCCUGGCAGGCAACAAGUAUAUCAAGCCGAUAAAGCACCACCAGCACCAUUUCCACAAACGAAUGUUGCUGCUUCUCAUCAACAACAACAACAACAACAACAACAACAACAAUCAUCCCAUCAACAGCAUGGUCAGUUACAGCAGCAAAAUUCAGUGGAGGGGCAACGAUGUGAGAUAGUUUCUCAUAAAUCAGAUCACAGAAAGGUUCCAACGCCACGUAGUAGAGAAGAACAACAUUCAGAGCUGAGGCAAUUUGGUUCAGAUUUCAAGUUAGCAGAAACACCAUCACAAGAUACACCGCCAGUUACCAGAAAGCAACAGCAUCAACACCAACAGGAUUCUCAUUCAUCACCUCAAAUUACUCAGACACAUCAUCAGUCGCCUCAUCAGCACACAACACCACAGCAAUCGCAGCAACAACCUCAGCAGCAACAUCCAAGUCCCCCACAACAACAACAACAGCAGCAGCAGCAGCAGCAGCAACAACAACCACAACAGCAGCAGCAGCAUCAAAAUCAACCUGUUCAAGAAGAAACUGUGGUCACUAGUAAACCACCACCAGGUCCAUUACCCGUGCGACCUACAAGUCCUCCUCAACCACAACAGCAACAGCAGCAACAACAACCGCAACAACAACAACAAACUCCUACAAAUACACCCACUGCAUCCCAAGCUCCACAAGAACCAACUGUUGACAAAAUUACGACGGCUUUCAAAAAAUCAACGUUAAAUCCAAAUGCUAAAGAAUUUAAUCCAAACACUAAACCUUUCACACCGCGAUCUCCAAGUACACCAACACCGAGUAGACCACACACUCCACAAACACCACAAUAUACUGGGGCAACAAUGCCUACAACAGUAGUUAUGCCAGCAUACGUAAUGACUAGCCAACCACCAACUGCGUUCACUCAACCACCGACUCAACCUGUGACAAGGUUCCGGAAGGGUCAGUAUCUAGUACCAGUGAUGCACGCGCAACAUCGUGCGCAAGAUAUAGCUUCUCAAAUGCAAGUGGUAGCGGCAACUGGACAGCCUUUAAUGGCACCGGCCCCUCUACACCCACCAUUCCAGGUGCCUUACCCUGGCCAACCGGCAUAUCAACAGAUGGUACGCAUGGUUCAGGCACCACCACCACCGCCACAUAUGGCUACACCUUAUCAUCAUCAUGACUCACCAGGACCGCAGGCUCCUGGUAUUCAGUACAUGGGUCCACAUACACAUCCACACCCUCACGUUGCUCAACAACCACCAAGUCAAACCCCUUCUCCAGCUAAUCCUAAUCCACCACACACACCAGGCACUUACAAUCCUCCUGGUACUCCACAACCCACAUAUCCUCCACCACCUCCUCAAGGCCAUGCUCCAAGUUAUCCAAUAAUGUGUCCUAUAAUUCCUCCUCAUAUACCGAUACCACCGCAGCACAUGCAAUACCUACCGCCGCAACCACCUCCAGGAGCGCAGCAAACUAUACCAGUGAUUUUACCGCACAAUCAGUAG